AUGGGAGACCCGGAGACUGCCACCGCGCCCAAUCCGUUAAAACUGGAUGGGAAAAUCUCCUCGACCCGUCUUGCUCCGAUCAACGUGUCCACUUUGAAUGCGUACAAAGGCACCAACAAAAAUGCGGGGAAGAAACUACAGAAGCAGCAGUCCAGCCUGGCUUUGAUGAACGUGGAAAAUGGCAGCCAGCGGGCGAAGACGGGAGGAGGACGUGAGAUGUUCCUGUCGGGGCCUGAUGCCGCCAUCAUAGGGGAGAUGGAUGACGGGCCGACUGUCAGUGUGGAGACCAACCCGCUCCCGGACGCUUUUGGGGUGGAUAAUAUUGGAGGUGUAGGGGGCAGGGGAGGAGGGGAUGGUGGGGAUGCAGGAGGAGGAGGGCAAGGAGGAGGUGGUGGAGGAGGAGGAGGACAAGGAGGAGGUGGUGGUGGUACUAGUAUGAGAAGGCGAACAGGUACCAAGGGAUCGAUGAAGAAAGGUGUUGAUAAUAACGGCAAUGAAGAUGCGGAAGCACUAGAAGGAGAGGAUUUCGAUGAUGAUGAGAUGGAUGGACAUUCGGAGGCCGGUGACGCCAAGCCGAAAGGAAUAGCGAAGCAAUUCAAAGAGCUGAUUAGAAAGAGCUGUUGUGGUGACCGCGGACCUGAACGACAGCAGGAGUCUGAUGAGAGUAAUGGAGGGGGCGGCGGGGGUGUUCCUGAGCACCAACUACUGGGAACAUCUCAACAAACAGAAGGAGAUUACUCACCCCUGCCGUACACAGCUGUGAGGUUCCCAUUCCUGUACGAGAACUUGCUGUCGCUGUUCAAACCCCACCUCGUCAGACCAGGAGUGUACACGCUAC